CUGGGGCCGGGAGAUUCUUCGCGUUGAUGCGCUCGGCUGUUCUUAAACCUCGCCAGCCUGGGUCUCCUCUCGACUCUAAAGUAACCCGGGCCUGGCCAGCUCACGCCUCGGGGUCAACCUCUGGGUACCGGCCUCCCGAAGAGGCCACUCUUCCACAGCCGCCUGAGUAGGAGACGCGCGCUCUCCUGCUUUACGGCAAGGGUGCGCGCGUUUGCGACAGCGUGACGCCGGGAAAGUUUUGGCGGGAAAAGCGCCGCAUUUGGAUUCCUGUGGUGGCGGGCAAAGGACGGCCUGGUGAGGAGAGGCAGCCGCCGUGAUCCAUCCUGGAGUCAUGGCAGUGCCCUUUGUGGAAGACUGGGACUUGGUGCAAACCCUGGGAGAAGGUGCCUAUGGAGAAGUUCAACUUGCUGUGAAUAGAAGAACUGAAGAAGCAGUUGCAGUCAAGAUUGUAGACAUGAAACGUGCCAUAGACUGUCCAGAAAAUAUUAAGAAGGAGAUCUGUAUCAAUAAAAUGUUAAAUCAUGAGAAUGUAGUGAAAUUCUAUGGCCACAGGAGAGAAGGCAAUAUCCAGUAUCUAUUUCUGGAGUACUGUAGUGGAGGAGAACUUUUUGACAGAAUAGAGCCAGACAUAGGCAUGCCUGAACAAGAUGCUCAAAGGUUCUUCCAUCAACUCAUGGCAGGGGUGGUUUAUCUACAUGGUAUUGGGAUAACUCACAGGGAUAUUAAGCCAGAAAAUCUCCUAUUGGAUGAAAGGGAUAACCUCAAGAUCUCUGACUUUGGCUUGGCAACAGUGUUUCGGCAUAAUAAUCGUGAGCGUUUAUUGAACAAGAUGUGUGGCACUUUACCUUAUGUUGCUCCAGAACUUCUAAAGAGAAAAGAAUUUCAUGCAGAACCAGUUGAUGUUUGGUCCUGUGGAAUAGUACUUACAGCAAUGUUGGCUGGAGAAUUGCCAUGGGACCAACCCAGUGACAGUUGUCAGGAAUAUUCUGAUUGGAAAGAAAAAAAAACAUACCUCAACCCUUGGAAAAAAAUUGAUUCUGCUCCUCUAGCUUUGCUGCAUAAAAUCCUAGUUGAGAAUCCAUCAGUAAGGAUUACCAUUCCAGACAUCAAAAAAGAUAGAUGGUACAACAAACCUCUCAAGAAAGGGGCAAAGAGGCCCCGAGUCACUUCAGGUGGUAUAUCAGAGUCUCCUAGUGGAUUUUCUAAGCACAUUCAAUCCAAUUUGGACUUCUCUCCAGUGAACAGUGCUUCUAGUGAAGAAAAUGUGAAGUACUCCAGUUCCCAACCAGAACCACGGACAGGUCUUUCCUUAUGGGACACCAGUCCUUCAUAUAUUGAUAAACUGGUACAAGGGAUCAGUUUUUCCCAGCCCACAUGUCCGGAUCAUAUGCUCCUGAAUAGUCAGUUACUUGGCACCCCAGGAUCCUCACAGAACCCUUGGCAGCGCUUGGUUAAAAGAAUGACACGGUUUUUUACCAAAUUGGAUGCAGACAAAUCUUACCAAUGCCUGAAAGAGACUUGUGAGAAACUGGGCUAUCAAUGGAAAAAGAGCUGUAUGAAUCAGGUUACUGUAUCAACAACUGAUAGGAGAAACAAUAAACUGAUUUUCAAAGUGAAUUUGGUAGAAAUGGAUGAGAAGAUCUUGGUUGACUUUCGGCUAUCUAAGGGUGACGGAUUGGAAUUCAAGAGACACUUCCUGAAGAUUAAAGGGAAACUGAGUGAUGUUGUGAGUAGCCAGAAGGUUUGGCUUCCUGCCACAUGAGAGAUCCAUUGGAUUCCUGGUGAAUAUAGUGCUGCUAUGUUGACAUUAUUCUUCCUAGAGAAGAUUAUCCUAUUCUGCAAACUGCAAACAUUAGUCCCUGAAGAGUUGUCUUCCCUCUAGCCAAACAUUUUCCAAUUCUUUUUGUAUGUCCUGCAUACAAACAAUACCUGUAUCUUCACUGUAACUAAAGAUUUGGGGAACGAAUGGAUAGAAUUCAUUAGAUAUUUCUUCAUCUUGUGUUUAGUGUCUACAUGUGAUGGAAACCAUACUUUGGGAAUACAUGAGCUUACCAGCUUUUAUACCAAUGUAAUGAAAGAUGAUAUUCUUGCCACAUUGUUAACAAAACAUUUGGUUUCAUCCAAAAAGUACAUGUUUCCUUCAUGUUGAUUUAGUUAUAUGGAUGGAUUAGUAAUAAAAGCAAUCCCUGUAACUUUUGGACAGUAGAUUUAUCAGCCUAUAAAGUGAAGCCAACUUCAAAAAAUGUAUCCUCAAGAUUUGUACUUCUAUUUUCACAAGGGCAUGACCAAGUAUAUAAAUCUGUUUUUGAAUUAUAACUGUUAAUUAAAAUUGCAAGUAGGUAUGUUUUUUUCCAGUGUGGUUAAUAAUAUAUAUAAUACUGGUCGGUCUUUCAAGUAGAAGUUGAGCAUAAACUCUAAUGCUUAACUACCUUUACUCUAAAAUUACUAUUGCACAUUUUAAAUAUUUUUCUAUAUUAUUUUCUACUUUCACAGCCAUAUUUUAAUUCUUUAUUAAAGAAAUAAAUUUUAUUUUGAAAAUGAA